UUACAGCUUCGUCUGACCAAGUGGAAAAAAAAUAGGUGUCUUUUUCGGGAGUGUGUGCAGGACAGAGAAAUAGCAAUACCUACACUAUUGUUUUACAUUCAACCACCUUCUUCAUCCUCAUCAUUCAGUUCAUUGAAAUACAAUUUUGAAUGCACAAUUAUGAGUUUAUAUUUGGUUUAUACCACCCAUUCAUUGACAGCAUUAAUUCAGGUAGAGACACAUUAGACCUUGGGACCCAAAAGCAUAAUCAGUGCUCUAACUCCCCCUUGUGGUGGUCUGGAGCAAUGAUUCAGUAACGCAAGGUAACAUACUAAACCACAAAUGACCUCUAAAUCCUGCGGCAUAAUCUUAAUUAAUUGAGGAAACACUGUAAAUCACACAGACACAGGACAGUCUAGGGAAAAGACACAGCUACAGAUGUAUAUUAGAGUUGAGGUUAGAAGAAUAAGUUACUGUAUUUGACCACACUCACAUACACACACGCACACACACAUUAAAUAGGUGAGAGUAACCUGUAGUAUCAUACCGUUAUUUGUCCUAAUCCUGGAUGAUACAGUAAAACACAUUACCAAAGAUCUUUAAUCAUGUGUGAUUCAGUACAUGUUCAGUGGUGGGAGAGACCCUCUGGAGUUGCUGCAGUGUGUCUGGGGCUGCUGUGUGUUCUCCUACUGGCUGGGAUCAUAGGCCUGUCUGUCUACUAUGGAGUCACUGAUCAUCACGACUCAACAGAGAUAGACCAGCUACAGGACAGAAACAGCCUUCUGACUAAAGAGAGAGACCAGCUACAGACUGAGAAAAAAGUUCUUAGCGAGAGGCUUUCUAAUCUCAAACAAACCUGUCCUGAAUGCUGGCAGAAGUUUGAAUCCAGUUGGUACUUCCUGUCUACUGAGACUAAACCCUGGAAGGGGAGCAGAGAGGACUGUCUGGAGAAAGGAGCAGACCUGGUGAUCAUAAACAGUGAAAAGGAACAGGAGUUUCUCUUCAACCUCAACAAGGGAGUCUGGAUUGGUCUGACUGACUCUGUUACUGAGGGGACCUGGAAAUGGGUGGACGGCACCCCACUGACCAACCCAAGGUACUGGUCUCCACAUCAGCCGGAUAAUGGUGGCAGCAAACCAGAAUAUGGUGAGGAGGACUGUGUUCAGAUACAUAAAGAACAGAGUUCUCGAAAGUCAUGGAAUGACAUAUCAUGUCUCAGAAACUCAACUGGGUUUGUGAGAAAGUGCUUUAACAUCACCAUGACAACAUACUGUAACACAUACAGUGCACACAACUUUCUCCUUCAUUCUCUCUCUCACACACACACCGUCACACACCCUCAUUCACACACACACACACACACACACACACACACACACACACACACACACACACACACACACACACACACACACACACACACACACACACACACACACACACACACACACACACACACACACACACACACACACACACCUAUUGUUGUAUUUGUUUGUAGUAUCAUAUUAAUAAAAGUCCUACUUAUUUCCUGUUUGUAA